AUGCUGCUGCGACCUCGUGUCGGCCACGACAUCAGGAUUGAGUCGUCCAGGUUGGACGUCAGCCCCAACGUAAACAGACUGUUCUGGCAUCGUGAUGCUCAGAGUAAUUCCGUUGCCAUUGCCACCUUUUCAGGGCUGGGUGAUCACCUCAAAAUCAGUAGUGAAGUUGUCAUUGAACACUACGACGAUGACCAGACCAUUGUGGAACUGGAUAUCGACGCGCUGACUUACCCCUUCCAGUACGAUGCGAUGGAGAGGGCGGAACUGUUUCCGUACAUGCAACCCGUAUUUACCCAGGCCGACGAAGAAGUCAGGGGCUGGGUGAAAUCGUUCUGGGUAGGUGGGCAAUCUCCGAAUACGUUUGAACUCAUCGAUCGAAUAAACAAAGCCGUGAACUAUCAGAUCACCUACAACGUUCGGGAAGAAUUUGGUGUGCAGCGCCCCUUCGAGACGCUGUCCUCCGGUACCGGCUCCUGCCGGGAUCUCGCCACACUUUUCUUAGAAGGUUGUCGUCAUCUGGGUUUUGCCGCUCGUUUUGUGAGCGGCUACCUCUAUGCGCCUGAUCUUCCUGAUGCAUCGGCGUCGACACAUGCGUGGGCAGAAGUGUAUUUGCCUGGCGCAGGCUGGUGUGGUUUUGAUUCAACCACGGGCACCAGGGUAGGCAGUGACCAUAUUGCGGUGGCUGUUGCCCGGCAUCCUGAAACCGUACCGCCGGUGGCCGGCAGCUAUGCCGGUAACGCUCAGGCAACUUUGCAGGUUCUAUCAGGCUAUAAAUUCGAUUGGGAGAACGGGGUUAUGAGCGAGUCGAUACAAGUGCCUGAAAACGAGUCCCUGGCGGACUUGAACCCAGCAGAUCCAAAACUUUUCAGCGAAGAACGCAUCCUGCCUUUUUUCAAGCAGAUGCGUGCAGAGCAGCCCGUACAUUACUGCAAAGACAGCCCUUACGGUCCAUUCUGGUCGGUGACCCGCUACAAAGACAUCAUGGCGGUGGACAAGAAUCAUCAGGAAUUUUCAUCAGACGCCCACUAUGGCGGCAUCAUGAUUGAUGACGACAUUGUUGGUGAUGUGAACGGUGAUUUCUUUGUACAGAGCUUUAUCACCAUGGAUCCGCCUGAGCAUGGUCCGCAGCGUAAAGCGGUGAGUAAAAUUGUCGCGCCGGGGAGUCUGGCCAGUUUUGAAGGGCUUAUCCGGGAGCGUACCCAGACCUUACUCGACUCACUGCCGGUGGGUGAAGAAUUUGAUUGGGUAGACAGCGUCUCCAUUGAGCUGACCACCAUGAUGCUGGCGUCUCUGUUCGACUUUCCGUUUGAAGACCGCCGUCUGCUGACGCGUUGGUCUGAUGUCACUACUGCAGAAGCGGACUCGCCCAUUGUCGGCAGUCAGGAACAGCGUAUAGCGGAACUGAUGGAGUGUUUAACCUAUUUCAAGCGCCUUAAAGAGGCGCGCAGAGACGGGCCACCUAACUUUGAUUUAGUGACCAUGCUGGCGCAGGAUGCGGUGACCGCGGAUCAACCCGAUUCUCAGUUUCUGGGUAACCUGAUGCUGCUGAUUGUGGGUGGCAACGACACCACACGAAAUACCAUGAGCGCGAGUAUCAAUGCCUUCAAUCAAUACCCGGAACAACUGGAAUUGCUUCGCGCACGCCCGGAACUGAUCAAUAACAUGGUGUCUGAAGUUGUGCGCUGGCAGACGCCUUUGUCACACAUGCGCCGCACUGCGGUAGUGGAUACCAAUAUUGGCGCACAGCCGGUGAAAAAAGGCGACAAGGUUGUGAUGUGGUAUUACUCGGGCAAUCGCGAUGAGUCAGUAUUUGCCAAUGCAGAUACCUUCGACAUCACCCGCGAGAAUGCGCGCAGCACUAUAUCCUUUGGCUUUGGCCUGCAUCGUUGUCUGGGCAUGCGCCUUGCUGAAAUGCAGAUGCGGAUUCUGUGGGAAGAAAUUCUCAAGCGCUGGCAGCGUAUUGAAAUUGUUGGUGAAGUUGAGCGUGUCGAGUCCAACUUUGUCAAUGGCUAUGCAAAGAUGCCGGUCUUUGCGCCAUUUGCCAGCGUUGCUGGUCUGGGGUUGAUCCUGGCAGUAGCCCUUUAUCCUCUGCAUCGCAGUUUGGCGGCUCGCAUGGGCGGUCGCCAGGGUCUGGCGGCCACGGUAAUGGUCAUCAGUGGUUUGCUGCUGUUGGGCGCACCCACGGUCAUUCUGGGUGGCUCUCUCGCUGGCCAGGCCAAUCAGCUGUAUACCGAUAUAGAAAGUGGCACCCUCAAGGUACCUGUGCCCUCAGAGGGGGUUCAGAAUUGGCCGGUCGUCGGUGAGCGGCUCUAUGCUGGCUGGGAUUCUGCCGCUGAGGAUCUGCAGGGAUUUGUUGAAACCAAUCACACUAAAAUUCGUGACCUGUCCCGCUGGGCGGUUGCAACGGCUGCCGGUACUGUGGGCGCCAUUCUGGCGUUUCUUGGUUCACUGAUAGUUGCGGGGAUCAUAAUGGCGUUCGGUGAGUCGGGCAGUGCCGCUAUGCGGCGGAUAUUCUCCCGUCUGUCCGGACCUGAUCGCGGUCCGCGACUGCAGACGCUGUCUACGGCCACCAUUCGUUCAGUAGCCACCGGUGUGGUGGGUGUUGCGUUCAUUCAAGCGUUACUCCUGGGUAUUGGAUUCAUGUUAGCGGGCAUUCCUGCCCCUGGCGUGCUGGCGUUGAUAGCGUUGUUUUUAGGCAUUCUGCAGGUGCCUGCAUUGGUGGUGUCCAUUCCUGCGAUCGCUUACCUGUGGUGGGCAGGUGGCGACGACGGCACCCUGAUCAACGUGCUGCUGACGAUUUAUCUGGUGAUCGCCACGCUGGCUGACAAUGUACUUAAACCCAUAUUGCUCGGCCGUGGUGUGGAAGCACCCAUGCCGGUCAUUCUGAUCGGUGCCCUGGGCGGUAUGGUGUCCUUCGGCAUGAUUGGUCUGUUUACCGGACCGGUAGUGCUGGCGGUCGGAUAUGUUGUUUUCAUGGGCUGGGUGGAUGGCGCAUCCGCCGAGACUGGCCUGUUCCUGCCGCUGCUUCUGCUGGCAGCCGCCUGCACAACUCUGGGUCCAGACUAUGAAGAGCCCGAAGUAGCCUGGCUCAGCGACUGGCAGACCGAUCUGUAUGGACAGAUAGACAACACAGACCAGCAAAACAGGUUGGACCUGCGUUUCUGGUGGCAGCUUUUUGAUGAUCCGACGUUAAAUCAGCUCAUUGCAGUAGCACGUCGCGACAAUCCAACGAUGCAUAUUGCAGGCUUGAGAAUACUUGAGAGUCGUGCUGCCCUGGGUAUUGCCGGUAGUACACGCUAUCCCCAGCUUCAGCAGAUUGGGGCAACUGUCACCGGCGUUAACUCCGAUAAAAGUGGUGGCAUAGUUGAGGACCGCAGUCAGAGUCUCACUGCGUAUCAAACGGAUUUUCGUGUGGGUUGGGAACUGGAUUUCUGGGGACGUUUCCAGCGCAGUAUUGAAGCUGCGGAUGCGGUAUUCCUGGCUUCAAUAACGUCGCACCAUGAUCUGCAGGUGUUGCUCAGUGCACAGGUUGCCGAGUUGUACUUUAACUAUCUGACCAUUGCGCAACGCAUAGAGAUUGCACGCAACAAUGCCGCGCGCCAGGAGCGCAGUUUCACCAUCACACAGAAACUUUUCACCGCAGGCCAGGGUUCUGAGCUGGAUCUGCAGCAGGCGAAAACCCAACAGCUGGCAACACUGUCUACGAUACCGGAGCUGGAAUCAGCACUUAUCCAGGUGCGUAACGCUUUAUCGGUGUUGCUGGGAAGACCGCCGGGAGAGAUAGCGGAACUGGCGGGUAUGGUGCAGGCACUACCCGAUACCGCUGCACUUUCGAUCAGCGAAAUACCGGCACAAAUGUUAUUAAGGCGCCCGGACAUCCGCAAUGCUGCCUGGCAGGUGGCGGCUCAGUCUGCACAGAUCGGUGUUGCAAAAGCUGACUAUUAUCCGGCUAUUUCACUGUUCGGUAGCAUCGGCUGGUCAGGUGACUCGCUCAGCGCUACCGCAGAUACCACCCAACUGGCUGUUGGGCCAUCGUUGACCUGGAACGUGUUUGACUAUGGUCGUAUCCGUAACAACGUGCGCCUGCAGGACGCGAGGUUACAACAGACCAUCGAAUCCUUUCAGAACUCUGUGCUGCUGGCAGCCCGGGAGAUUGACGAUGCUGCCAUUAAAGUGGUCAAGACUGCGGAGCAGGAGAUAAUACUCAAACAGGCAUUGCAGGCAGCGGAGCGUUCGUUGGAGCUUGCCAGCACCCGCUACCAAGAAGGUUAUGCCGACUUCCAGCGGGUUCUUGAUGCACAGCGCGCGCUGUUCUCACAGGCCGACCGAUACCUGGUUGUGCGCGGAGCACACCUGAACGCGAUCACCCAGUUAUACAAAGCGUUCGGUGGUGGUUGGGUUGACAUGCCCAUUGACACAUUAAUACCCGAGUCGACUCGGCAACAGAUGCGUGAGCGUACCAAAUGGGGUGAGUUGCUGGAUGCGCAAUUACCCGCACCUGUGGCUGCGCCACAAGAAGGUGGUGGUGACGCGGGUACUGCUGUAAAACGCGGCGGCGCUGGGGUGGCGAUUGUCAUUUUGCUCAGUCUGCUUUGGUAUCUGGCGGCAGAUCGUUUCACCCCGUACACCACCCAGGUACGCGAAGGCGACCGUCUGUUUGAGAUUGACCCAUCGCAAUACCAGAUUGCCCUCGACCGGGCGCGUUCCGAUCUUGAGAAUACGGGCCGUCAGGUCAGCGCAGGUAACGCUUCGGUGGCAGCUGCACGGGCCAAACUCAGAGCUGCCGAAGCGAAUGCACUCAAAGCCCGACAGGAUCUGAACAGACUCACGCGUCUUUAUGAAGAAGAUCCGGGCACGAUCUCCGUGCGUCGGCUGGAGAUAUCUCAGGCCAGUCUUGAACAGGCGGAUGCUCAAGUCACCGCGGCGGAAGCUGAUAUCAGGCGGGCCAUCGAAUCCAUGGGUGGUGAUGACGAUAAUAAUACGCUGCUUAAAACUGCCCUGGUUGGUGUUGAGAAAGCACAGUUGGAUCUGGCAAACACCGUGGUGCAGGCCUCAACCGAUGGCAUUAUCACUAAUCUGCGUGCCGAGGUGGGGCAGUUUGCAGGCACCGGCACUCCGGUGCUCACCUUAGUGGCAAUACAUGACGUGUGGAUUAACGCUGAAUUUACCGAAAACAACCUGGGUAACAUCGGCGUUGGUACGCCGGUGGAGAUUUUAUUCGAUGUCUUACCCGGCGAAGUGUUUCGUGGCCAGAUUCGUAGUGUUGGCCUUGGUGUCAGUGCUGGCCGGGAGCCACAACCCGGAACGUUGCCAACGGUGCAGAACGACCGCGACUGGUUGCGCCAAUCACAACGUUUCCCGGUGAUCAUUGGUUUCGACCCUGAACAACAUCCCAGUUUGCGACGUCAGCUGCGUCUUGGCGGGCAAGCUUCAGUCAUGGCUUACAGCGAAGGCCAUGGGUCACGGCUCAUGAUGCCUGUCGCUGCAAGGCGAACCUGUCGAAUUGCCGGCGUGGUUGCGCUGGCAACGGCAGUUGCUUAUGGCAUUGGCAUGCCGCUGCCUUAUCUGGCACCGCUUAUGGCGUUUAUGCUUACCGCUAACCCUGCACCACCGCCCGGGUUGAAAGGGCUCGUGGGUCUGGUUGUUGCGGUAGCGGCAACCUUAAGCACAGGCCUGCUGAUGAUCCCGCUGUUGCUCAAUUAUCCGGUGACGGCGGUAUUGAUCAUCGCAGUGGGCCUUUAUCUCAGCAGCAUCAUCAGCCUUGAGAAAGGCAAAGGCCCGGUUGGCGUAUUGCUGGCAGCUGGGCUGACCAUGAUUCCUGCUGCGGGCAUGGUCGAUUACAGCCUGGCCACCGCUGUAAUACAGGCGCUCCUGCUCGGCAUCAGUAUAGCGAUGGUCUCUCAGUGGUUGGUUUAUCCCUUCUUUCCAGAAGACCCUGGUACGGCUAAGCCGAUUGUGCCGGUAGCCAGCGAACAUGCACGCUGGCUUGCUUUGCGUGCCACUUUAAUUGUGUUACUGCCGGUCAUGCUUGCGUUCACCAAUCCUGCUUUAUACCUGGCCACCAUUCUCAAAGGUCUGUUUCUGGCGCAGCAGGGUACGGAAAUCAGUGCCCGGGUCGCUGGGCGCGAAUUACUCGGCUCCACCAUUGUUGCCGGUUGCUUUGCAAUCGCGUUCUGGUUUGCAUUACAGAUCAGUCCCACGUUGUGGUUUUUCACGCUGUGGAUGUUGCUGUUUGCGGGUUAUGGAGCGGCAAAAUUCUACGGCGCGCUGUUCAGUCAAUACACGCCUGCUUUCUGGCAGAAUGUUGUGGUAACAAUGCUGAUCCUGCUGGGUCCCGCGGUAGAGGACAGCGCCAAUGGCAAGGAUGUCUAUCAGGCUUUUGCUGUGCGUCUGGGCUUGUUCAUAGCUGUGACCCUCUACGCAUGGCUCGCAAUUGUUGCGCUGGAAUGGUUGCGUAAUCUGAUGCUCGAAAAUCUUUUGAUCGGCCUGUUGACCAUGACGGUUUGUUUACUGCUGCAGGCUUUACUGAUGACCGCAGCGCUACGCCACUACACCAGUCACGAAAGCAUGGUGAACAGCCCGUCCGGAUGGACUACGCUGGUGGUGAUCAGCGUCAUAAUGAUCCUGUUAGUCCUGGGUAACCUCGGCCAGCUUUUUAUCUGGGCGCUGGUGUUUCAGUUCCUUGGCGAGUUUACAACGCUCAGUGAGGCGGUUUAUCACUCCGCGGUGAAUUUUGCGACCUUAGGUUAUGGCGAUAUUGUCAUGUCCGAGCGAUACAGAUUGCUCGGACCGCUGGAAGCGAUUAACGGUGUGCUGAUGAUUGGCGUGUCGACGGCGGCAUUGAUCACCACAUUCCAGGAUGCCCUGCGCAAGACUUUUCAGGCAAGGCACUCAGGCGGACGGUAG